GUUCAUGUUUCUGUAGCAUAUGGGCAUAUAACACUUGAGGGUUGCACAAAGUGGGCACACCGCGAACAAAAUGAAGUUUUCCCUACUUUUGCCGCUGUGCGCGGUCCUAGUGGCCGCGGCCUCCGCCUCUCCCCUAGUACUGGUUGACAGUGUGCAGCACGCUUACCUUCAAACGGGGCCAGCUGCGGCGGUCGCGAAAUCGGAGGUGGCGUCGCUGUGCGCUGCGCUUACUGGACUGGUGCCGGGCUCGGUCAUCACCGCUGACCAGUCUCAGCAGCUGGCUGGCAUUGCCAAGCCUUCGGCGCUCAAGCACCCUCGCGCUUUUGCCGCGGUGAACGUGGCUGGCCUGUCACCUGAUGUGCUUGGGGAGCUGCUCUCCAACCGGGCUCACCGGACUGUGGAGCUGACCGGCGAUGGCUGCCCCGCCAUGGCCAUUGUGAACGGCCUGACCCGCAUUUCGGCUGCAAACCCGUCCGUCAAGCUGUCGGUCGUCGACCAUGAUGGCGUGCAGAACUGCAAGGAGGACUGUGUGGAGCAGAACCUGGUCGCUGCCUCUGCCGCCGCGGGCGUGGACCUCAGCGGCCUGGACAUGUCGCAGUCGGAGGCGAAGCUGCUCGCUGUGGAGCUGGCCAGCGUGUUCGCGGGGCUGAAGGCGCAGAUUGAGGCGGUGCAGAAGCGCGCGGAGUCCGGCGCUGCUCAGGCCGACGUGGAGCUGUAUGAGGUGUCGAUUAUGGGCCUGAAGGCGCUGGCCGCCAAGGUGGGCGGUGAGUCGGAGGCUAUGACCACGGCCACAAAUGCCGUGCUGCGCCUGCUGAAGUGGGCCGUGGACAGCCUGGAUGCCGCCUACGAGGGCGACGUCGUGAUGCAGAUGCUGUUCAUGUCCAAGGGCGCGGCCCGCACUGGGACCCUGAAGGAGCUGGUGAACUGGAAGGAGUCCACCCGCCGCCAGCUGCUGUCGGCCACCUUCCCCGGCCCCGACGAGGUGGCCCAGUCCAAGCAGUUCGCCGCCAAGGCGGCUGGCUACGGCGCCUUCAUCCUGCUGCUGUACUUCCUGCUGGCGGGCGUGUGGUGCAUGUGCAACAUGCCCUUCAAGCAGGACACGCUGCUGUACGGCUCCACGAAAAAGGACUCGUAAACACUGGGACGGGCGAGCACCAGACAGGAUGGAGCUCCUGUGCUAGGAAAGCCCUUGUGGUUUGGAUCUGACUUGAGAGAAUUUCGAGAGCGAGAGUGUGUAACGCGUGCGCUGGCGGGGGCGUAGGCAUUUCAGCGGGUGGGUGGGUGGGUGCGUACGUGUGCUCCGUGUGCGUGCAUUACUUUGGGCGGGGUGGGGGGCUUUUCAGCCGUAAGGGUUUGGGCUGGUCCUGACGAACGUGACAUCAACUGAUUGGGUCUGCACGGCGCCCGCGCCGUCUAGUGACUGCAUACGGAUACAGUGCUGUAAAUGAAAGGG